UUACAAGUUUUAUACAUAGUAGUAUUAAUUUAUAAAUUUAUAGACAAUGUAUUUGUUUAAAAGUUUUCAAAUUUUAUUACCCUAUUAUUUUAUUGAGUUAUGUAAUAUUUUAUAUUGGCUUAAUUUACUACCAGAAAUAUUUAUUAAUUGAUUGAAUAUUAAUAUACAUUUUUGUAAAAUUCUUUUGCCGGGGUUAAGUUAAUUAUUAAUACAAAACCAGUUGACUUUAAAGGUUUUUUUUUUUGGGUUAACGUAAAGGUUUGGUUUUUUUUUUUUUUUUUUGAACUGAGGCGUAAAGGUUUGGUUUUUAAAACCAACAAAUCUUAGAAAAACUCAGGAAACCCCAAUUGAUCCAAGCCAGAGAUGGAAUCCAUUCUUCUAGAGAAGAUAGGAUUAUUCUCCAACAAGAUCUCCAAAGACGAUCUGAAACCUGGAGAUCACAUCUAUUCAUGGCGCAACGCUUAUAUCUAUUCCCAUCACGGAAUCUACAUAGGAGAUGGAAAGGUCAUUCAUUUCACACGUGGAGGCGGUCUUGAAAUCGGAACAGGAACUUUCUUAGACAAGCUCAUCAUCAGCUCUAUUACAAAUCACGGAGGAGACAACCCUUGUCCUAACAACUGUGGAAAACAAACAAACAACAAACAUGGAGUUAUCUCUUCUUGUCUUGAUUGCUUUCUGUCAGGAGGAGAUUUGCUUCUCUUCGAGUACAGUGUCUCUCCGGCUCUGUUCAUGGCCAAGCUUCGAGGUGGGACCUGCACGACAGCGAGUUCGGAUCCUUGUGAGGAAGUGAUCUCUCGUGCGGAGUUUCUGUUGUUGAGAAAUGGGUUUGGGGAGUAUCAUGUUUUCGAGAAUAACUGUGAGGAUUUUGCUAUGUAUUGUAAGACGGGUUUGGUUGUGGGGAGAAGUUAUGUGCUUGGGAGGAGUGGGCAGGCUAAUUCGGUGAGUGCUGUUGCGUGUGUUGCACGUUUGGUUAGUCCUUGGGCUAGUAAUGCUAUUCGUUUGUGUUCGGAUAUUGGUAUGCGGAGUGAUGCUGUUAAAGUGCCUGUGGAGAGUCUCGUUGCUCGGUUUAGUCAGGUUGAUUCAUUGGCAAAGGAAAGCUGACUUUGAUUUUGGUUCUGAUUUGUGUGUAUUUGAUUCUUGGUUUGAUGCAAAUAUUUAAUCUGCUUCUAAAUAUAUUUGAACUGUUUAAACUCUAUUGGUAUGAUGUGUGAAUACAGUUUAAUUGAGGUCUUUUCAUUGUUUUUUUUUUUUUUUGUGUUUGUGUAAAACGUAAACGCGUAAAGCAGGCAAGAGAUGUGGUUGAUUCUUUUACUU